AUUGUGUAUGUGCACAUUUGGAAUAUGUGUUCUUAUUGUGUAUAAGAUAUCAUGCACUCAAAAUCAACUUCUGUGAGAGACUAUUCAGGACCACCUGAAAUACAAAAAUAUAAAAAUUCUAAAAGCUGCUAUGGAGUGGCUGAUGAAGUUCUUACCCAGGACUUAAACGCAAUCCUUCGCGAUGAAUUACAAAUAGCUGGUAGACACAAAUCUAACUAUGAAACUCUGAAGUCUGCAUUCAAGAAGCUUUAUAAUGCUUAUAAUCAGCUUGAAUCACGCUUGAAUUCAUCAGCAACUGAUUCCAAGUUAUUGGAAAGACAACAACAGCAACAAGGCGAUACCCAUCUGCUGGGAGCACGCAGUAAUUUAAACGAAUACAUUUCAGCAAUGGAGACUGUAAAACAGUCUAAUUCUAUACCAGCUAUAGAAACUUUAGAAAUCGCAAAACUUAAGAUUACAAAUGAACUGGAAUCAAAAUAUCGUGAACAAAUUUUAAACCUACAAUACGAUCUACAACGUUGUCAAGAUGAAAAUCGAUUACUUGUCGAGGAGAUACAAAACCUCAAUAAAACAUUAAAUCAAGAACGUGGUGAAUUCAAGAAUACACUAAUGAAUUCAAAAUUGUUUUAUGAAGCCGAAAUUUCAAGCCUCCAGAAAAUUAAAGACGACCAAAACACAGAGAUUAAUCAAUUAUCCUUAGUCAAUACUAAUGAAGAUAAGAAGAUACUUUUACAAAAUGCACAAUUACAAGCUAAGUGUGAUGAACUUAGCAAUCAACUUGAAUUGAUUAAAAGCAAUCUAUCAAAAGAAAGAGAACAGAUACAAUUAGAAAAUGAGGAUCAACUGCAGCUGUGCAGUGAACUUAAAGCCAAGAAUAUGGAACUUGAAGCAGUCUGUUCAACACAAAAGAAUCAUAUCAAUGCUUUAACUCAAGAGGUGAAUGAAUUACGCGCAGAAUUGAUAAAUCAUCGUCAAACCGUUGUAGAAUCUACAAAAUGUCAGUAUAAGGCUGAAACACAAAUCGAUAAAUUGUUACAAUCAACACGUAUUGAAUUGAUCAGCUUACGCAAAGAAGCAGAAUAUCAAAAAAGUGAAAUAGAAAAACAACGAAGUGAAUUAACUCAAAAAUCUAGAAAAUUACAAGAUGAGUUGGAUAUGCUGCAUAGUCGAUUGACGUGUACCAAUCAGUUGCCUGGGAACGGUGAUGUAAUCAGCACACAAAACAACAGCGAUGAAGAAGAGGAAAAAUUACAACGAAUUAUUAAAUUAUUUCAAAAACACUUUUUGCUGCAUAUAAAUGAAUUUGAAAAUAAAGUGUCAAGUAUAUCAGAUCGUUUAAAUUUAGAAGUGGAUCAAAUGCAAACAUUUCAGAUGCAUGCAAAAUCAAUUAUGGAAAAGAUUAAUCAGUCAUCAAUACAUCCAAAAUCUUCUAUUGCAUCACAACAGAACGGAAAAACUUCAGAUCGUAUACAACCGACCCCUAUACGGGAUAAUAUGCAACGUUAUGUAGAUGAUGCGCGUAAGAAAAAACGAACAUUAUGCCUUCGAAUAGUUCUUCUUAAACAGAAAAUCAACUUCCUCGAAUCUGAAAUCGAGAAACUACGUGAAGAAAACAUCAAUUUGAAGACGAAUGUGGCAUCGAUAACAGAAUAUGAACGUGUAUGUCUCGCCUAUAAAGAUUUAUAUAGACGUCAUCAAGAAUAUGAACGUAUUAUUCUUAAUUCUGAUAAUCAGAAAUUUAUUACAAAUAAUCAUCAUCAUCAUGGUAAACAACGUGAAGAAUAA